AUGAAAUACGACGUCGUAAUCGUCGGAGGCGGUGCGGCCGGAUCGGUCCUGGCCAGCAGGUUGGCCGAAGACACCAACAUGUCGGUCUUGCUGCUGGAGGCUGGCAAGGACUAUCCGGACCCGGAGAACCUUCCUGACGAGAUUAAAUAUGGCGGCACCAGGUUCGCUGAAUCUCCGGACUCGGAACACAACUGGGCGUUGCGGGGAACCAUCACCGAGGAACAGGGUGAAAUACACGUGGCCCAGGGCAAGGUCAUUGGCGGGGGUUCCUCCAUAAACGGCCAGGCAAUGCAGCGGGGCCUGCCGGAGGACUUUGAUGACUGGUCGGCCCGGGGAAACACCGAAUGGUCGUAUGACAAGGUGCUGCCCUUCUACCGCAAGAUGGAGCGGGACUUGGACAUCCACGACGAUUUCCACGGCACUGACGGUCCCAUUCCGGUGCGCCGAAGGCAGUCCGCCGCGCCGUCUACUAUUCAGAAGGCCUUUUUGGAUGCCUGCAUGAAAGAUGGCUACCCCGCCGUCGAGGACACGAAUGGGCCGAAUCCCACCGGCGUGGGCGUCGCCCCAACCAAUAACCUGGGUGGUGUGAGGAUGAGCGCGGCCCUGGCCCACCUCAGCCCCAUGCGCCACCGCCUUAACCUCACCGUCAGGGGCGAAGUUUACGUCCAGAAGGUGCUGUUCGAGGGCAGGAAGGCCGUUGGAGUCGAGGCCAUAAGCGGGGGCGAGGUUUUUCAGGUGUUCGCCGACCGUGUGGUCUUGUCCGCCGGCUCCAUAAGGUCCCCGCAGCUGCUCAUGCUCUCCGGCAUAGGCCCAGGGACCAGUUGGAACAGUUUGGCAUCCGUCCUCAGGAAACGCCGGGCGUGGGACCAAAGCCUCUUCAACCAUCUGAGCGCCCACAUCAACUACAAGCUUGCACUACACUUCGGACGGUUCGGACGAAGAAAUGACAUGCUGCUGCGGACCAACAACGUGGUGGACGAACGCGAGGAGCGUGUCCGGGGGAUACGCACCCGGUACCAUACCUCUGACGUGCCCCCGGAAAGGUCCGCCCGAUUGUCGUGCACUCUGGGCAGGCCCAAGGGGACAGGGUUCGUCAGGCUGGCUUCAGCCGACGCCAGCGUCCAGCCCACUUUCAAUUACCAGUACCUUCAGCAUCCGGACGACAUACGCCGGGUCCGGGAAGGUAUUCGCAUGGGGGCAAGGCUCCUGGAGUCUGACGCCUACAAGGACGUUAUCGAUUACCGUAUCUCCCCCACCGACGAAAUUCUCAACAACGACGACGCCCUCGACCUGUGGAUCAGACAGACGGUGGGCACCGCCCGCCACGUAUCCGGCACCUGCAAAAUGGGGCCCGACUCCGACCCCAUGACGGUGGUAGACCAGCAUUGCCGGGUUAAGGGAGUAGAGGGCUUAUGGGUCGCCGACGCCUCGGUGUGCCCGCACAUCCCCCGCUCCGGCGGCCUCCAUCCCACCGCCUUGAUGAUCGGGGAGCGGGUCGUUGACUGGGUCGCUGCCGGCUAGCCUGCAUUGGCAUUCACGGUCCCAGGCACCAGCAGUCCAAUCGAUUCCAAAAGCGUCCGCCCGCUCCACACUUGAUGGAGCGGGCGGUUUCAGUU